AUGGAGAAUUCUCUCAGCUGGCCUUCAUCCAACAGCGAGUGCAACUUUAUUGCGUCCUAUGAGCGAAUAAAGCUCUUUUCCAAGAUCAUUAAACAGAUUAUUAAUAAUAGCAAGCGAUUUCCAGAGUCGAUUCUCAAGGGCACUUCACUCUUUUCGCAAAUUAUGCGAAACUACCGAGAGUUGACAUUGUUUGUACAAAAUAACGACAUACCAGUAAAGGUAAACCAGGUGAAUGAUGCGAAUUCCACCGAACCCCCCUCGAGGGACUAUCUUUUUGAGCUUCAGAACUCCACCAAAGUUCUCCAGGAAGAGAUGAAUAAGAUCAAAGAGGGUAGUAAAUUUUUAGAGUACAAGAAAAGUAUUUUCACGGGCACGCUGCUUCGUCUGAAGAAAGUAAAUGAGCUGACCACAAGUGCGUGUGAAAUUGGAAAGAAGGUUGCAGCUCUUUUAAAGAAGCUUGUAUCUCUAAAGCAUGACGUGAUGCGUAAGGAGGUUAAGUACGGAAAACUGAGGAGGCCUUUGAGCGAAAGCAAGCGCUAUGUCAAACAGGUCCAAAGAAUGGGCAGAAAUGAGCUAAAAUUUGAGGAAAAACGUAAAAUAUUUGAUUAUUAUUAUAACCAAAUCAUACAAAGCGAACUGUUUGCCACAGGUCGCGUACUAGAUGAUUUUUUUGAGAUUAACCUGAAGUAUUUAGCGAACUUUAUGCAGAUUUCGGUUUGCCUAGCGCCUAAUGGAGUUAAUGUGUUGGAAGGGAUGGCUAGGGACAGCUAUGUUCUGAGACAACGUAUCGGCGUGGGCUCAGGACCAUCACAAGGGGCACUGACGAAUGACCCCGACGACCUCCGAGUCCCCCUGACGCAACUUCUCAGCCUAAAAGGCGAUCUGGGGAUGGGGCUCACUCCGCCUUUGCAGACCUCCGUCCACAGCUUUACCAACUACUGUGACGUCGUUGGGGAGGUGAGGCGGGAUCCGUCAACCCCGCGGACGGUGCGCGUCAGCGAUGUGACGAUCUCUCCCAUCCCACUUUAUGGGAGCCCUGAGCCCCUGUCGCGGGGGCCGGACAGCACCCCAUUCCACUCCACCAUGAUGCCUCAGAACCUAGGGGUUAUGGAUUCCCCCUUGAAAGGCGCCGAAGGGCUUCCCCACCCCCUCCCUUCGUCUGGUAGUGCCAACGGGGCCCGGAUGCGAUCCUCCCCGAUGGUGGAGCGGAACUCCGUGUCCGUUUCGGAGAUCCUGCGACGGGUCCUGCCCUGUUCUGAGAGUCGUCACCGGGAGCCCUUUGACACAUUGAGCCUCACCGCGGGGCGCUCUCAGGUGGACUCGUGCAGCCCCGAGUCCGGGGUUGACGUGACCUCCGUUUACCCUCUCAGACCGAGAGAGGGGGUGAAUGGAAACACGCCAGGGCAGCCUUUCAUCUCGGCCCCCCCGGACGACCACACCGUCUCGACGAUCAGUAUUUCUAUGCGUCCUACAUCCUAA